GCUUUACUUGCAACUUUUGCCGUAUGCCUUUUUACUUUCGGCGAGGUGCGACAAUUAUUUAAAAAAAAUAUUUUAUCAGUAUCCUAGAUAAAAAUUAAGUAAUAAUUCGAAAAUUGUUAUCAAACGAUUAGUGAGUUAAAAAGUGCGUGAAACACACCUAAAAUAUUGGAAAAAUGUGUUUUGUAGCAACAUAUUGACUUACAUAUUUUGUGUAUUUUCAUGGAAAAAGUUGGCAACAAAAAAUAAAAUUUAACUAGCCGGUACUAUCCAAGAUAUUGUAUAAAAAAGUACUUUUGUUAGUUUUUACGAAAUCUUCACCGCAUUGACUUUCGUAAUAACCGAAAUAGCACAGUUCUACAACAAUCUACAUAUAUAUGUAUGGUCUUAUGAGUAGAGGCUGUGUAAAAAGUGCGAAAAGUUGAGGAUUGAACCACGAUUAGUAAAUCAAGGACUUGUAGAAUAUAAAACAAUUUGAAAAGAAUACGGCUGUAUAAAGGCACGAGUGUUUACAAAGGAGAGAUGUCGCAACAAGUGCAUGACGCUACCGUCUUUGAGAGGCGCCUACGACCAAUAUAUGAUAGUUUGGAAGUUGGGAACAAUCGUAAGGCUCUUCAAGAGACGGAAAAGCUUCUAAAAAAACAUCCAAAUAUGUGGUGUGCUCGUGCAUUAAAAGCAUUAGCAUUACUUCGACUGGGGCGAUAUGAAGAGAGCCAGAUCGUUUUAAAAACUGUGAGCAAUGAGAAACCAGUAGAUGAUCCUACAUUGCAGGUGUUAUCAUUCUGCUAUAAAGAAUUGGAACAACUGGACAAAAUUGUAUAUUUGUAUAAUAAUGCGGUAAAACAAUCACCCGGUAAUGAGGAGCUCUUAGCCCAUCUUUUUAUAUCUCAUGUGCGCUUGGAGGAUUUUAAAUCGCAGCAAUCUGUUGCGCUGCAAUUGUAUAAAGCCCAGCCAAAAACUGCGUAUUAUUUUUGGGCUGUGAUGAGUGUUGUUCUACAGGGAAUUCGUGGACCAGAAAGCAAAUUUCCGGAAAAGACCAAAAUCUAUUUAGCGCUUGCGCAGCGUAUGGUGGAAAAAAUGAUCGAUGAAAACAAACUCGAGUCGGAACAGGAAGUUUUUCUUUACUUGCACAUUUUAAAGCUACAAAAAAAAUAUAAGGAAGCUUUAGAAUUCCUUAACGGUGCUCUAUGUGAAAAAUUAUAUCCCGGCGCUCCCGUUUAUAUGAAAAUUGAUUUGUUAAAAGAGUUGAAUAUGUGGCAGGAGACAAACACCCUAUUAAAAGAUUUGUUAAAGGAUGAUCGGGACCGUUGGGACUACUAUCAAGAUUAUUUGGGAAGUUGUUUCGAAUUACUGAAAAAAACUUCACAAGAUACACUGGGCGAAAAAACUAACGACGAAAUAGCACUAAGUACCCUAGAUGAAUGCCAUGAUUUCCUUUGUCAGAUGAUCGAAUCCGCCGAACGAAAAGUACGUGGCCCGUAUCUAGCCCGCUUGGAACUGCAUAAACGGAUGCGCGCACAAAGUAUGGAUGCAGAAGCAUUGCUUGGUGAUUUUUCUAUAUUGAUUAAUGAAUAUUUUCGGCUGUUUGGAGACAAACCUUGUUGCACUCACGAUAUUGCGCUUUUCCUGCCCUCUAUUAGUCUGGAAUGUCGUCAGCAGGUAGCUAACAAACUGUUACUGGAGAGUGGAAUUAGCUCCACCACACUACCACAAGAUAAAGAACAAAUGCAAAAGCACAUAUGUGCUCUACAGAUUUCACGCAUUUGUGGUUCACAUUUAGACUUACAGACGGAUCAUUUACUUGCAUUUUAUACAGCUCUAAAAUUGCAUUACGAGCAUGGUUUAAGCUCUUUUGGUAAGAACUUACUACACACCGAUAUGGGUCCAUCUGAUCCGUACGCGCUGUUGGCAGCAAAUGUUAUGUAUGAUAUAAGCUUAAGAGAACAGAGAUCAGAUAGAAUUUUCGAAGCACUCUGCCUAUUGCAAUAUGUACUACGUAAUAGCACCAGUAAUUUCCAUGUAAAAUUGCUUAGUCUAAAGAUUUAUCACAUGUUUGGUUGUAUGUUGGGUGCGCAGGAAAUGUACGAUUACUUGGAUAUCAAACAGAUACAGCUUGACUCGAUGAGUUACAUUCAUUGUAAUUUAUUGCCAUUAUGCGGUCGCUUCUCUAUGGCGAGGACAGUUUUUGAUGCGACAUUGAAAUUUUUCACCAACAGCUACAGGGAACGUUUAGAGUACAUAACAUUGACAUAUCGGUUUUGUACAUUUUCUAAACUUGAAGAGUUUAUGAAUUUUAAAGAGCGUCUUACCAACAGCAUUCAUUACGUCAGCACCUCUAUAGAGGCUCAAUUAUGUGAUUUGGUAAUGCUGUAUGGCAAUGUUCGACAAAAUCUAGCAGCGUACACUGCCAUGAGCAUUGAACCUGCCGAGGAUCGCAUUUCAUGGCAUGAAUUGUCGGACAAUCGCGACUUGGGCGCUCUCAUACGCUGGGACCCGGUGCAUUUGGUCAAUGUUGACGAGGAACGCAAAGAAUCGUUCGAUCAAGAGGUAGAAGUGUUGCAAAUACGCCAACUUCUGUUGCGUUUAGUAGCCUCGUUUGUCGACAUUUUCCAUCAAAAGCCAAACUUAGACAUAGCAAAUGCCACAGAAGAGAAACAAAAUAUCGAUGGCAAUAUUAAUAGCAAAAAGAGCAAUCAAAAUCCCGCUAAUAUAAACAGCAAUAGCAAUAAUUCCAAUGAUUUGGAGAGCGCCAGAGAAACCGAUACGAUUGAAUUGCUUCGCGAGUCAUGGACCGGAUUAUUUCAGCGUCUGCGUCUCAUGAACUACAAACCACUGUCGAAUCGUUUUCUAGUCAAUUUGUUACCAACUAGACUGCAUUUGUUGCUUGAAGUGCCGUAUGAGGAGUUCUUUAGUUCGCUUGCACAGCUAGUUCUAGAACUGUACACCGGGGCAAGUAAUUUACCAAUUCAAUGUAAAGUGGUUACCGAUAAUGUCACUAAAAUUGUGCAACUGUGUGUACAAGUUAUAUCCGAGAGUGACUCAGCGGUGGACGGUCUUUGGCGUCGACGCGAAUGGCAAAAUAAGGUGUCUGCGUGUUUGGAAAUACUGUCGUUGUACGCUUUUGUGUUGUCGGUAAUUUAUGAAAAGUUGCAACAACCUGCCAAAACCAAACCCCGGAAAAAGGCCGGCCAGGAAGGCAAUAGUGACUUGGGUAUCAUAAAUGAGAAGGAACGCAGCCAGUUGGUGAUUGAGUUGAUGCGCCAUCUGAGAAAACAAUUUCAAAGUUGUGAAACUGCCAUAGGUAAUUGGAAAACACCAACGUUGGCUCGUGAACUGAAUUCGUUUAUGGCGGAUAUGUCGCUUAAGCCAGAAGUAGAAGCAACUCUCAUUGGUGAUGUGGCGUCAAUAUUUAAGGAAUCUCAUGAGCUUAUGGUUGCGGAACUCAGAAAUUUAAUUAAAGAUAAAAUGCGUAUGUUGAGCAAGUAAGCGAAUUGUUGCGACUCACAACUGCGUUUUCUUUGCUGUGCAAAUCAAACAAAGUACAUACAUAUAUAAGAAAAAAAAAAACAAAAUUCAGAAGUUUUAAAAACAAAAAUUGGAAAUUAAAUAAGAAAAUGUAUUUAAAAAUUGGAUGCACGUUUAUAAUAUGAAAUUAUAACAUUAGGAACGUUUGUUUGAAUUUGAAACAACAAAAAAUUUAAUGGAACUAUCUUCAUGCUUCCAUAUCAUUUUUAUUUUAUUCAUCCACUCUUACCAUUAUGUAAUCCAAGCGUUUGCGUACUACUUAUGAACAAUAAACGCGUAUGUUUUGUUAUUUAAUUUUUAGUUAAAAAAUAAACUUAAUUGGGAUGUUUUCAACUUUGAUUUUUCACAUUCUAGAAGCAUAACAAAAUAGAAAAUUAGUACUGUUUUUCACCCAUUGCGGGUGUCUUUAUUAUUUUCCACUGCAUUUCCGUAAAUUUGAUACAAUAAAAGUGAAUAUUGUGUGUAUAAAAAA